AAAACACGUCCGUUGUUUGUGAGACUAUGUCAGCGGUCGUGUCGCAUCUCAGUGCGAGUCGGUUGGCGGACGCGCGCGUUGAUCUCAUCAACAUUAACUACGAUGUACUAAGCGGCCGUAGCCCGCGAAUAUUUUAAAUACAUAUUCAAAUAAGAAAUAUUUGAUUUGUCUUAUUAAGUUUUUUUUUAUUAAGCUUCAAUAAUGUGGAGGAGUGCUCUAAUCUUAUUAGGUGUCUGCUUAACUUUCACUUGUACUGAGGGUGAUGAAAUUGUGCGUGAUGCAAGGGGUAUCUUCACGAAGAAUUUCUUCGGUGGUGUAUGGGGAAACCGACCUCCCUUUUUGGAUGCCAAUCGAUUCAGAACAACAUGCACUUGCAAAUGCGGUGAACGAAAUGAAGUAUCCAGAAUAGUUGGAGGUGUAGAAGCAGGAGUUGAUGAGUUUCCUUGGAUUGUCAAGCUUCAGUACUUUAAGAAAUUUUACUGUGGCGGGAUGCUAGUCAACGACAGAUAUGUUCUAACGGCUGCUCAUUGUGUGAAAGGGUUCAUGUGGUUCAUGAUUAAGGUGACCUUUGGGGAACACAACAGGUGUAAUGCGACCGAGAGGCCUGAGACGAGAUUUGUUGUGCGAGCCAUUUCCCACAACUUUAGUAUGAGCAACUUCAACAACGACAUCGCUCUGUUGAGACUUAAUGAAAAAGUUCCAAUCUCGGAAGCGAUCAAACCGAUUUGUUUGCCUUUUAACGAUGACAGUCUCUAUGUCGGAGUGACAGCCGUAGCCUCGGGCUGGGGAACUCUAACAGAGGAGGGCAAAGUCUCCUGCACUCUGCAAGAGGUAGAAGUACCGGUAUUAAGCAACGAAGAAUGCCGUAAAACGAAAUAUACAGCAGCCAUGAUAACCGAUAGGAUGUUGUGCGCCGGCUAUCCGAAAACGGGACAAAAGGAUUCUUGUCAGGGAGACAGCGGCGGCCCGCUCAUAACCGAGAGGAAAGACAAACGUUACGAAUUGAUUGGUGUAGUGUCGUGGGGAAACGGCUGUGCCAGGGCUGGCUACCCAGGCGUUUACACCAGAGUCACGAAAUACUUGGACUGGAUUCGAGAAAAUACUAAGGAUGGGUGCUAUUGCUCUAGCAAAAUGUGGUUGUUGGUGUUUUGUUGUCUCUUGCGUGUUGCUUCGGGUACUCCUACGCCGCGAUAUAUCAAUGAGGGAGGAGUUUCGCUUAGCGAAGAUUCAUCUAAUAUACGAUCACAAUACCAAGGACAGCUGCCACCAUGUCAAGACUGUCAUUGUGGAGAACGUAACGAGAAGCCUCGUGUGGUUGGAGGUAUGGGGACAAAUGUCAACGCCUUCCCGUGGCUGGCUCGACUCAUUUACCAAAAGUCUUUCGGAUGUGGAGCUUCGUUAAUCAACGAUAGAUAUGUUGUGUCUGCAGCUCAUUGUUUGAAAGGCUUCAUGUGGUUCAUGUUUCGUGUGAAAUUCGGAGAGCACGAUCGCUGUGACCGCUCUCAUACGCCGGAAACCCGUUACGUCGUCAAAGUCAUAGUCCACAACUUCAACCUCAAGGAGCUUAGCAAUGACAUUUCGCUGAUACAGCUGAGCCGGCCUAUUGGGUACUCGCACGCCAUCCGACCUGUAUGCCUGCCUAAGACACCAGACAGCUUAUACACCGGGGCUGAAGCUAUAGUGGCAGGAUGGGGAGCUACUGGUGAGACCGGGAAUUGGUCCUGCAUGUUACUUAAGGCAGAAUUACCAAUAUUAAGUAACGAAGAGUGUCAGGGUACCAGCUACAAUUCUUCGAAGAUAAAGAAUACGAUGAUGUGCGCCGGUUAUCCGGCCACUGCACAUAAAGAUGCUUGUACGGGCGACAGUGGCGGUCCUUUGGUUGUUGAAAACGAAAGAAACGUCUAUGAACUAAUAGGAAUCGUUUCGUGGGGCUACGGGUGUGCUAGAAAGGGUUACCCUGGAGUGUAUACGAGGGUUACCAAAUACUUGGACUGGAUCAGGGACAAUACCGACGGGGCUUGCUAUUGCAAAUUUUGAUUUGAAUGAUUACAGCAACAAAACUGUGUCAUAUUUUCGUAAUGUAAAUACCUCGCUUUUGAAAUAAAGAAAAAGGAAUACUAAAA